AUGAUGACUACUAUGCGAACCAAAACCACAACGAAACAGAAAGGAGAAGAAACCAAAGUCAUGUCGUCUGCACCCCCUGAUGUGCCGUGUACCGAGCGCGACCUUUACGGUCAAGGUCACCCGAUUGAAUCUGCCGAGUUGAUUGCUGCAAAGUUGAAGGCUUUUGAAGAAGAGGUUGCAAAGAUUUCGGACGAAGAAAAACCUUGUUUGUUGAAGGCUGAAGAGAAGUGUCCAGAGUUGUUGAAUGACGCUUUCAAGCUCAUGUUUUUGCGAUGUGAAGUCUUCAAUGCGGAUCUUGCCGCCAAACGGUACUGCCACUAUUGGGUGCAAAGAGUCGUGGUUUUUGGAGAAGAGCGAGCUUUUGAACCUUUGACGGUCGAUAAGGCCUUGCGGGAUGAUGAAGUCGCCUUGGCCCAAGGCUUUAUGAAUUUCACCGGCAAAGUUGAUCCAACAGGAAGAUCCAUUCUGUUUGUAGACCCUUCCAAACAAGAUCCCACCGCAUACGAAGCCAAGAGCAUGUGCCGUGCCUUUUGGUAUGUCUUACAUUCCAUGCUAGAGGACGAGGAGACCCAAAAGAAGGGUAUAGUGGCUGUCGUGUGGCCACACCAUGUCAGUCUGAAACAAAUGGACAAGAAACUCAUGAAACUCAAUACGGACAGCCUUCGCAACUGCAUUCCAGUUCGAGUCUCGGCGUUUCACAUUUGCCAUCCGCCUAGAAUUUUCUCGGUCGUCUUUCCUAUUCUCAAAUUCUUCAUGGGAGAAAUCCUGAAGAAGCGUAUUCGAGUGCAUUCAGGAUCCAAGGAAAAGGUCCUGAAAAUUUUGGAAGAAGUUGGCCUUACCAAGGACCUUGUUCCUUCGCAGUUGGGCGGGGAUGUCGCAAUUGACGCGAAGAAGUGGAUUCAGGAACGUCGGGAAGCAGGAUUGUAG